UAUACACCUGCGCCGCGCUCUCGUCUCGCUCGCACUCCUCUCCUCUCGUUCGCUCUCUCUCGUUGCAAGAUCCCCAAAAAGAGAGGCAGCACGGGGAGCUACUUAAAACGCAUUUCGUGCCACAAUUGGCGCAGUGGUAGAAAAGACACCGUUAGAAACAGUUCUGUCAUCGCUAGCUACGUUCACCGUUAGCCACAAAGUGUCACUUUUAACUCGAAACUAACUGUGCAACCGCUCUCUGCAGCGAUUUGUUUCGAAAACGAAUUAUGCUCGCCUUUGUUUACUUUAAAAUAAAAACCAUAUUCGCCUUUCCCACCACAAAAAGAACGCAUUUGUGAUAAAGAGCAUCCUCUACAACCAAAAAAUAAUACAAAAAUAAGGGAGAGAAGCAGCUCAUAAAUAUCGAAAAUACAUAAAACAAAAAAGUUCGCAAAAAUAAAAAAAACCCGCAACCGAAACCUGCCUCACACACGAGUUAAUCCAACGAUAACGUCAUCCGCUUUGCCAACAGUAUUAAAGUUAAUCUGAAAAGUGCUCGAAUCUUUUGUUUUCAAUCGUCAUAAUUGUAAUAAACACAACAACUACAACUACAAAACUAAAUUAUAAAUAAUAACAACAACAACAGCAAUUUGUUGCCAAGGCUGCCGUGCACAGUUUCGCUUCGUUGUUGUUUCUGCUCAAUGGUGGAGGAGCUGUCAACUGAACAUCGCUGCCGACGUCGCUGUUGCCGUUACAUUUCAGUUGCUGCCAUCGCAUAAAAACCAAACAGAGAUCCCCGAACCGCGACAGAAACAGCAAAUUUACAUAGCAUUAUACACGUUACACAACGCAGCAGCGCGUGCCAGUGCAAAGGCCCCAAAAACCUAUAUAGCCAGAAUCGGAAUCGGAACACCACGAAAUUCCUUUUGGCCACCAUGAAGCGUCUGAUGACCUGGGAGCGCGAUCUCGUGGAUGCCAUGUAUGAGUACCGGCAAACACGCUUCAGUUCGCGGCGUGUUCGGAAACGUGUGGUCUUCAAGCACGGCGAGUGCAACGUUGUGCAGGGAAAUGUGGCCAAGAGGCGGCGUCGCUAUCUGCAGGACAUCUUCACCACAUUGGUGGACGCCCAGUGGCGCUGGACGCUGCUCGUCUUCGCCGCCAGCUUCGUAUUCUCGUGGGCCUUCUUUGGUUUCAUCUGGUGGAUCAUCGCCUAUGCGCACAAUGAUCUGGAGUACACCAAUCUCAAGAACCAGUCACCCGAUCUGGUGGCUAACAUGACGCACACGGUCUGCGUCACACAGGUCUCCAAUAUGAUGUCCGCCUUCCUGUACUCCGUGGAAACGCAGACGACGAUUGGCUAUGGUAAUCGCUAUGUGACGGAGGAGUGUCCGGAGGCGAUAUUCACCAUGUGCAUCCAGUGCAUCACGGGUGUCUUCAUCCAGGCCUUCAUGGUGGGCAUUGUGUUUGCCAAGCUGUCGCGUCCCAAGAAGCGUGCCCAGACGCUGCUCUUCUCCCGCAAUGCUGUGAUCUGCCACCGGGAUGGUGUGCCAUGUCUGAUGUUCCGUGUGGGUGAUAUGCGCAAGUCGCACAUCAUCGAGGCCCAUGUGCGGGCCCAGAUCAUCCGCAAGAAGGUGACGAAGGAGGGCGAGGUGCUGCCCUUCUACCAGCAGGAGUUGCACAUCGGUGCCGAUGGUGGCGAGGAUCGGCUGAUGUUCAUCUGGCCCACGACCAUUGUGCACAAGAUCGAUCGGAACAGUCCGCUGUACAUGCUGUCCGCCUCGGAUAUGCUGAAGGAACGCUUCGAAGUGGUGGUUAUGCUGGAGGGUGUCAUCGAGUCCACUGGCAUGACCACGCAGGCGAGGAGCAGCUACUUGCCCUCGGAGGUGCUGUGGGGCCAUCGCUUCGUGAAUGUGGUGUCCUUCCGCAAGGAGACGGGCGAGUACGAGGUGGACUACACGCUGUUCAACAACACCUACGACGUGGACACACCGCUGUGCAGCGCCAAGCAGCUGGACGAGCUCAAGUCGGAGUACACGAAGAGCGCCAAGAGUGUUAACGCACCCUUUGCGGAUCGCACGCUCUCGGCCAGCUUGUUCCAGCGCAUUGCAUCCGCCGCCUCGGUGGAUCAUCUGGAUCCGGCGAGCGAUGAAUCGCUGGACUCUGGCCGCCUGCAGAUACGCUCCCAUUCCAUACCCAAUGGCGUGAUGGCAAGCGAGCUGGAGCCGCUGAAUAACAACAAGCAUGGCGCUUCGUUCACCAUGGGCGGCCUGACCAUCACGACGACGGCGCCCAGCAUACCCAACCUAUCCAGUAUUAACGAGAAGACCAACUCCGGUAAUUCCAUAAACAGCAGCAACUACAGCAAUAACAAUAGCCUGAGCACGCUGACCGGAGGAGGAAGUGCUGCCAGCGGCGGACCCGGUGGAGGCAUCACCAUUGUGGCCGGUUCUGGGAACCAUGGCGGCGGCGGUGGUGGUGGAGGCGGCAGACACAAGUCGAAUCCCCGCCGUUUGAGCAUCAAGCAGGAUCAGCUGCCCAUCGAUUCCAUUUGUUGAUAUUAUUAACUGAGUGGCUGACUUAACUGGCCACCCUGCCCUGUGCGUCAGUUAGCUGAUGUGUUGUAUUCUAGUUAAGCAUAGGCUCCCAAUAUAAUUCUAACUCAAACUAAGCUAAGCGAAAUUCCAUGGAGAGCUCAUCUGUCAUAGCCAUAGAGCUGCUGCAGCUGUGAACACCCCACAAAAAUCCCCCUUUCCUGCUGAAGUGGAGGCAAUCUGAUUGUUACCCCACCUACCUACCUACCUACCACCUACUUACUACUUACUACUAACCCUGAAACGAUUGUAUAUGUCUAGGCUAAACUGAUGAAUGAUUCACGUUGUUAGCUUUACUUGUGUUGAAUUUACUAUAGUUAAGUUACAAAUUGAUAUUAACGCAAAGUAAGAUGUGAGACCCAGAAACCAAAAUGCUGCAACUUGGACAACUAGAGAAAUCUUUAAACGGCUCACUUGAACAUGAAAUUUAUGCGAAGACGCAGCGGAAUUGAAAAUUCCCUUAAACCCGAUUAUUGUUUAAACAUUACUCAACUUCAAUGAGAUAGAAAAUGUACAUUUUAUUCGAUACACUGUUUCAAAAACAAAGAGCUUCAAUUAUCAUAAUGAGUGGACAAUAAAAUUGUAUGCGUAUGUGAGUGAUUGAUAUAUGAAUUUUAUUUUUAAGCUUCGCCCAGAUUGUGAAAAUGAAAGACGGUGAAUAUACCAUAAGAUGGAAAGAACAGAAA